CAAAUAUUAAACUGGUUCAGCCUAAAUGUCAUUUUGAUAAAGUUCGUUGGACGAAGAUCGUGUGUGUCAUACCGCGUAUCUCAGCAUAAGAGGAAUCAUGUGGUCCAUUUAUAUUUGUGUCGGAGUGCUCCUGAUUGUUCUUUUGCGCCAAAGUGCAGGACUGGAAACCUCAAAAACGGGGACAUUAAAGGACAGAACUUUGUUGUAUAAGGCACUUGCAGCCGACUAUCAGAAAGACCUGAUCCCAGAUGGGCCGAACGGUGGACCUAUUGUCGUAUCUCACCACCUCUUCAUACGGAGAGUUGCCGCUCUGGAAAACGGUGUGUUAACCCUGGAAACUUAUGAGGAUAUGAGAUGGACUGACCCUAGACUGAAGUGGGACCCUAAGAAGUAUAAUAUUAACAUGUUUAAUCUGCCAAGCAGGUUAAUUUGGCAGCCGGAUGUCAUGCUUGUGAACAGUGCAGACCGAUAUACCGGCCACACUUUUGGAGAUAUGCUCGCUAUCGUCAAGUCCGAUGGGAACGUGCUAACCAUACCGCCAAAAGUCACAAAGGCAUUCUGUCAGUUUGAUGAGAGUUCUGUGUUUGAGAAGAACGAAGUCAUCUGUACCCUGACAUACAUGUCUUGGACGCAUCACCUUCGAGACUUGGACAUCCGUGUAGAUAGGGAGCCCGAAGUGCUCCUCAAUACAAACCCGUACUGGAAAGUUACAAAAAUCAGCACAGCACGGAAAGUACACAAGUAUUCCUUUGAUCCGGACGAGAAAUUUGUAGACAUACACUAUGUGAUCCGGCUGAAGCGAUUGAAAUAAAUAUGGAGUCUGACAACAUUUCUACCCUUUUGCUUUAAAGAAUAAACUAUGUACGUGUAAAUAUUAUGUCUGUGUAAAUGAAGUCAUACUGCAUGUGUUUGCUAAAUGAAAUUUAAAAAUAGAAUAUAAAACUGAAAGAAACAGGAUAUGCCAGGACAAUAACUACCUAAAAUACCGAAUGCAUACAACGUUCAUAUAAACUUUAUGAGUAAGGGGAGAGGGCAACUGAAAAAAAGAUUUCUCAUGGAAAAAUGAAACAACAUUAUUUGUCGGUGCAAACAUAUUUCAGACAUAGAUCAAAUCUGAUGAAGAAAUAAAUCUGAACUAGUCAAAGCAAAAAAAAAAAAAAAAAAAAAAUAUAUAUAUAUAAUAUAAAUAAUAAUUAAAAAACACUGAAAAUAAUAAUAAUAUCACUAAGAAAUUAUCUUUUACUUUUAAGCAUGUUAUACAGUAUCAGAUGAUGUGUGUAAAGACUAACUGCAUUUCGCACUAUACACUCGUGCAUUUAUAUUUAUGUUAUAGCCAUAAACCACUGUGUUUUUGUUAUCUUUGUUAAAAAGAUUAUAUCCUUUUCUGUUCUUUUCAAUAAAUAUUCUAAAAAAUG